CCGGAACACUCACCAGUCCACAAGCGUUCCCGUUCGGCUGCAGUGCUCUUCAUACGUUCGUGCCGACAUCACCUCGCACGUCCACCGUGUUCUCCGUGCCGACGUGAAACUUGUAUCUUUUUAUUUUUCUUGUGUGUAUACUUUGGAUUUGAUUAAGUAUUAUUUUGCGUGAAGUGCGUGUAAUACCUACCAUCGACUAUGGCAAUCAUGGAUACUAAUUCCGAGAGCAACCAGUACCAGUACAUACAGGAUAAUUCCAUGGCUUCGUUGGACUCAAAGACAAGUCCGUUGGCCAUGUUGGUGCGCACCUGCAGCCAAAUAGGCGCUGAUCCGCCGAUGGCACCCAAAUCUAAGAAACCCGCGACGCCGGCUACAACGCCCAUAGCGGCCGCCGACCGUCCACACAGCGCUUCGCCGGCCUCAGCCGCCGCCGCCGCUUACCAUCUGAGCCAGACCAAACGCAACCACAACAACAACUACAUUGAAGACACCAAGCCCGCUAAGUUGAACUUCAAACCGUAUGAGAAUACCGUUUUGAGCCACAACGAUGACGACAACAGGCCCAGGAGCAGCAACUCUGUGGACAACAACAACAAGAAAAGGAAGUCGGCAUCGCCCCGAGACGACGGUGCGACCGCCGCCAAACGACGCACGUCCGAACCGGAACCACAGCAGACGGCCAACCCCAUCAUCAGAUCCGGCUUGGAAGUGAUGCACGGAGGCAAAGGGUUCUGCCCGCUACCGCCUCCGUCACCGUACAAACCCGACGCGUUGGCUGCGUUCCGGCACACGUACUUGCCAGGUGCUCCGUGGAUGGCCGCAUCGUUGGCCGCCGCAGCGGCCGCACACCACAACAAGCCUGCCGGUGCCGACUGCAAAGACCCGCUGUGCCUGUCCACCGGAGGUUGUUCCGCGUCCGCUGCCGCCGUCAGCCCGUACCACCAUCCGAUGAUGACCGUCGGCUGCCCGGCCGGAUGCGCCCAAUGUGAUCACCAGCGGUACCUGUCGUCACUGAUGGCGGCCGCCGCACCGUUUUACGCGCCGCCUGUCGCCCGCCCGUACACCUGCAGCUGGGUGAUACCGUCGCAGUCGUCUGCGGCCACCGAAUCGCCGGCCGCAGCUCCAUCGCUGUGUGGUAAGAGCUUCAGCACGUCCGACGAACUCUUGCAGCACAUCCGAACCCACACCGCUGCCGCUGGACCGAUGUCGCCCACCACCGCGGCCGCGGCCGCCGCGUUUUCCGCUUACAACAAUCAUCUGUCCAGACAUCUGUUCCAUCACCCGGCAGCAGCCGCCUCACCGUACGGAGCCGCAUCGUCACCGUACGGCAGCAAGCACAUGCCGCAUCCGUCGCCGUACAGCGCGUUCAACCCAACCGCCGCUUACUAUCCCGGUGCCGCCGCCGCCGCAGCGGCCGCCGCUUACCACCAUCAUCAACUGUACGCGGCACCCGGCCGCGACGGAUCAGCCACCGUCAGCCGCUGAUGGACGCCGUCUCAGACUCGACACGUGCAACUGUGAUAGCGUACACUAGGAUGGACGCCCUGGCGAGGAGGACGCAAUGUGAUUUUUCGGAUCGUUCAAGUACUUAUCCUCCCGACUCGCUAAUUAAUUAAUAUUAUAUUCGUUUUAGAAACUAAGCUAAUCUCUCUGCGUGAGCCUCUUUCGCAGAGAUCAAAAAUCGUUUCUACCUAUAUUUGUUAUCCAACGCGCGGUUUGCGUUGACCGUAUAAUUUUUAUUUAUUUAUUUAUUUUAUUAUAUAAUUUUUUUUUUUAUAUACAAAUUUACUUAGCUCGUGUGUUACUUGAUUUUUCAUUAUUGCAAUAAUUCUUCAGUUUUGUUUCAAGAUGCGUCGAUUAUAUUAUUAUAAUUUUGUUGAACGUUCACGAAAACAGUGUAACGUUACGUUGUCAUUGACUUUUAUAAUUUGGGUUAUUAUAACUUUAUUAUGAUUAUUAUUAUUGACAGCCGCGUUGUUAUUAAUAUUUUAAUAUACCUAUUAUUAUUAUGAUUAUUAUUUUAAUGGAUAA